AUGCAAACGCGCUCUAUUGAAAUUCUUGAAAUUCUUGAAAUUCAAGCGGAUUCCAAUAGAGCGAGGUUACAAAAGUCACACGAAAAAUGCAAUUAUCUAUGGAGCGCAUCGGCCAACAAAUCUCGGAUACAAGCAGACGUCACGAAUGUGAUGAGUAUCCGUCAACCAACAGAUGAAUCUCUCCAAUCCGAGACCGUAUCCUCCGUGUGGAACACUUCCGUACUUUCGUUGAUCCAUAUACCAGAAAUAGUUCUUCGGAUCGAUUCCGGCUCGUUCGAACGCGGCGAGCAUCUCCGAUUCCUGCCAGAUACGCAUCGAUCCACCGACGAUCUCGCCGACUCCUGGCAUCAGAAGAUCCACGGAUUCUGUCAAUUCUUUGUCGUCGGCACAACGUGGCAUGUAGAAUGCCUUGAUUCCGGCAGGGAAGCGGUUGAGGAGAAUUGGCUGAAAUAA